GGGAGAGCGGAUAUAGUGAAUGCGGGGUCCGGGGAGAGCGGAUAUAGUGAAUGCGGGGAGAGCGGAUAUAGUGAAUGCGGGGUCCGGGGGGAGAGCGGAUACAGUGAAUGCGGGGUCCGGGGAGAGCGGAUAUAGUGAAUGCGGGGUUCGGGGAGAGCGGGUAUAGUGAAUGCGGGGUCCGGGGAGAGCGGAUAUAUUGAAUGCGGGGUCCGGGGAGACCAGAUAUAGUGAAUGUGGGGUCCGGGGAGAGCGGAUAUAGUGAAUGCAGGGUCCGGGGGAGAGCGGAUACAGUGAAUGCGGGGUCCGGGGAGAGGAGAUAUAGUGAAUGCGGGGUCCGGGGAGAGCAGAUAUAGUGAAUGCAGGGUCCGGGGAGA